AUGUCCCCCGGAUCAGCGUGUCAACGGUGUAGGCAGCGGCACAUCAAGUGUGAUGCGACAAGGCCCAGCUGCAAGCAGUGUGUGUCUGCUAAGCACGAGUGUCCGGGAUACCCUGAGGACUGGAAAUUCAUCAACAAUGGCGCCAAGCUGCCUCGCAAGCGACAGAAGAGGCAGUCCAUCCGAGACGCCAAGACGCAUACUGCAAAGGCAUCUGCUGGUCUGGCUGUGAAAGUCACCGAGAUGAGUGAAGAUGCUGUCAUAGAGAUCCGUCGCAACAACACGGCGUCAACUGGCCAAAGGCUAGAACCAUUGGACAUCCCCCCGUUGGAUUUCCCUAAAGCUUCUGAAACCACCCUGCAGAGCCUGGACUCGUCUAUGCCGCUUCAGGUCGAAUUAAAUUUCGAUCUCGGCGAUAACAAUGUCAACGACGCAGGCGUUGCUGGCCUGCAGCCCGCUCACUUCGGAGCUCCUAUACCCCCUUCUGAGGCAUCCCCGGAAUUGAUGUCUUCUGGAUCAACUGGCGAGUUUGAGAUGGGGCUUGCUGCUCUAGCCUCGGAGUUCAUGCUUGAGAGCGAGCAGGAGAUCGUCUUCCUCCUCCGACACUAUACGGAUAACUUGGCUCCGUGGCUAGACAUAUUUGGAGACAAAUGCUUCUUCCAGACUUGUGUCCCUCGCCUUAUUGGGACUCAUCCCAUAGUAAAAUACGCGAUAGCCGCGCUCGCUGCUAAGCAUCUGAGCAAUGUGGGCGGCUUCCGAGCCACCAAUUGCGGCCCGAUGAGUACCUUGGCCCUGACAGAGCUUUAUCCUAGCGCAGGCAAUGUUGACUGGGCAUUCAAAGCUGCCAACUAUUACCACCAAGCAGCUACAAACUCGCAGCACCCGUCCCCGCUUUACAGUGCUGAAGCUAGUUCGAUCCUGACGGAUGUUGCGAUGGCAAGUAAUGCCAUCUUGACCGUUUAUGAAAUGAUUGACUCAAAUUAUGAUGAAUUUUAUACGCGGAUCCGAGAGAUAAAGAGCCAGCUAAUAAGACACCCUAACGAUGGUUCAAUAUCACAACCGAUAUUUGCACCCUUUAAAUUUCACGGCAACCCUGUAGCUUUGGCUAGCUACUGGCACUGCAUGCCCCACGAUCUGUUAAACUCAUAUGAUCAAAAACGGAAACCACUACUAGAUUGUGAAACUCUGUAUAAUCGGGCGGGGGGCUCCGACGAUGGCUUCAGUCUCGAUGAGCCUCCAUCCAUCACUAAGGCACCCUGGGUGCAGUUAUUCAUGUUGAUAGCCCAAAUUAUUGACAAGUUUACCGCUGCCCCUAGCCAUGGUGAUCGGGGGACCAAGGAUGUGGACCGCAAUAGCAGCUGGGACUAUCUCUGGGACGCCCUGGAUCGAUGGCACGCCCAACUCGAUCUGCACUUCGAACCUUAUUCCUAUUACAAGCUUUCUAGUCAUCUAACACUUUCACAAGGCCUAGUGGAGCCAGUAUUCGACGAAAUACUCUUCCCAUCGGCGGUAUCCGCAGCUACUCUGUCCUACUAUCACUUUGCUCGCAUUCUUUUACUCCUAGCUAAGCCGACCGACCAAUCAAACCCCCAAGCUAUGUUACUUUACUACCGAGAGAUAUUGACGGAUAUAGAGGACCACUGUAUUAAGAUAUGCGGAAUUGCGGCUGCGCGGCCAGGUCCUGCCGCUCGGAUUCACUCAGUUCAGCCGCUCUUCUUAGCAGGGCAAUGCUUAGUGGAGCCUCGACUACGGACAGCUGUUGCACAGCUCCUACAAGAUGUUGAGGCCGACACAGGAUGGCCAACGGCAGGCCAUAUAAGCAGGCUUCACCAAGGGUGGAACAGGAACGCUCGGACUGGUUGA